AAUUGUUCCGGAUGUGUCUAGAGGCAGAUCGAAGAAAAAAAUGGCGUCGCCUGCUCGAAAUAGCCACGUGUGGGUGGGAUCCGAGACAGGCAUAUUGAAAGGCAUCAACCUGCAAAAGAAACAGGCUACAAACUAUAAGUUGGGGGAUUCAGUGCUCAGUCGACAUGAAGCUGUUACCACCAUGUGUUGGGGGGAUCCUUAUGAAUCUGAGAUCUUUGUGGGAUGCCUUGAUGGAUCAGUCAAGUUAUUUAGCACUGAGAAGGGGAAGUUUAUUGAGUCACGAGAGUGUCGAGAAGGCGAGGGACCUUUCUGUGGCCUUGCUGUACUUGAUGGCUCCCUCAUCACCUGCAGGCAGUCUGGCUUGCUGAAAGUGUGGCGGGACAGUUCAUCGGAAAAUGUGGAGAUUCAGGUGGGCCCUGGCGUGUGCCGCAUGCGCCAGAAUCCUGAACAGGUGCACCAUGUGGCCACUGGCGGGAAGGAGAACUGCCUCAAAGUUUGGGAUCUACACCAACUGCAGGAGCCCAUCUUCAGAGCCAAAAAUGUGCGGAACGACUGGCUGGAUCUGAGGGUGCCCAUCUGGGACCGGGACAUGCAGUUCCUGCCUGGAUCUGAGAAAAUUGUUACCUGUACUGGGUAUCACCAGGUCCGCGUUUAUGACCCCAGCGUCCCACAGCGCCGCCCUGUGUUGGAGACCACCUUUGGCGAGUACCCGCUCACCGCCCUCUCAUUGACUUCUGACGGAAAUGCUGUAGUCGUGGGCAGCUCACGAGGGGAUGUGGCAGUCAUCGAUCUGCGACAAGGACGGUUAUUGAAGUGCCUCAAGGGCUUUGCUGGGAGUGUCCGUGACAUCCAGUGUCACCCUGUGCUGCCGAUGGUGGCCUCGUGUGGGCUAGACCGCUUCCUUCGCAUCCACAACUUAAACCAUAAGCGCUUGGAACAUAAGGUCUAUCUGAAAUCUCGGCUGAACUGCCUGCUGCUGAGUAGCAGAGAGAAGUGGGAGGACGAGGGCGUAGACUCUUCCACUGAUCUCCAGAGUGACGUGAAGGAGGAGGAGGAAGACGAUGAAAUCUGGAACUCCAUGGAAGUGGUGGCCACAAAGCGGAAAGCGGAACUGCAGCCAUGCUCAGAGUCAGGGAAUGAAGAACCCCCAAAGGACAAGCCCUUGAAAAAGCAGAAGAAAAUUAGAAAAGCAGAAUCCUGAUGGGGGUUGGAGCGAUUGUAGGGGUGGCUGCUGCCUUAUUCAUGGAGGAGAAGUUGCUGCCUCUCAGACUUGGGACAAUAUGGGAAAAGAUUACAUGCCCACUGGUAAGGAUGACGAGACCAAAGAUGUCCAUCUCUCUGUCCUUCCUUGCUCUGCUGGAUGCCAUUUUACACUGGGAGGGCUUUUUAUACCGACUCCUGCUCAUCCUCUUGAGCUUGAGGGUGUGGCAGGAAAAGGAUGCCUGCAACUUAGCCUUCCGUUCUAGGAUUUUUUGGGAGGGCCAGGUCUAAUGUCUUCUCUUUGGCUGCUGUGCAGCUCUGUCCACUCUUCAAUAAAAAAACACACCUGCCUGUGGAUUUCAUUUUGCACACAA